CGGAGAAAUCGAAAAACAUGGAACAAGAAUUGACUGGUUCUUCCACUGUUGAUGACAUUCAUCCCUGCUAUAUAUUAGAUAAUACAAGUUAUGUAUUCACAAGCAACGCUUCCAUAAUAUGUGUAUCAGUAUAUAUUUUCCUUGGCUUAUUAUCUGUUGCCACUAUAUGUGGAAACAUUCUUGUAAUAAUAUCUGUCAUUUACUUCAAACAGCUCCACACUCCUACUAACUACCUUAUUCUCUCUCUGGCUGUGGCUGACCUGCUCGUAGGAGUUUUAGUUUUUCCUUUCAGCAUGGCAUUCACUGUAACUUCAUGUAUGUAUGAUGAAAAUGUAUUUUGUAAAAUACGAGACAGCUUUGAUGUAUCACUAUGCACAUCUUCUAUUCUGAAUUUAUGUUGUAUUUCCAUAGACAGAUAUUAUGCAAUAUGUCAGCCUUUGAUAUAUAAAACUAAGAUAAAUGUUCAUGUUACCGUGAUCAUGAUCCUGGGGAGCUGGGGGGUUUCUGUUUUAAUUGGAAUUGGCAUCAUAAUUGCAGGAUUCAGUCAAGGAACUUGUGAAGAAAUGUGCUCAGUUGAUGUUAUAAUGGCAAACACUAUGGGGCCUGUUCUCUCAUUUUACCUGCCUGCCAUCAUUAUGCUCUGUAUCUACCUUAAGAUUUUACUUGUUGCUAAAAAACAAGUGAACAGCAUCCACAAUAGCACCAAGUCCGGAGCAAGUGUCAGCAAGAUGGAAAAAAAAGCAACUAAAACUCUGGCUAUUGUUAUGGGAGUUUUUCUUUUGUGUUUGACUCCCUACUUUCUUUGUGUUGUCUUCCAGCCUUUAUCUUAUAAUCCCCCACCAGUUCAGGUGAUUGAAACACUAAACUGGCUUACACUGUCAAAUUCAAUGCUUAAUCCAUUUAUUUAUGCUUUCUUUUACAGCUGGUUCAGAUCGGCUUUUAGAAUGAUUAUUUCUGGACAAAUAUUUCAAGGAAAUUUUGCUAAUUCAAAACUCCCUUGA